AACUGCUUUGUAAUAACACAAAUGGCGGUCUGCUGUUAAACUGUGAAAACUGAAAAAUAUAUAAGUGAAACGUACUUUACACAGGGAAAUGUUCCGUAAUAAAAAGGGAUGAUUGGUAAAGACUUUCACUGCCAAUCUCGGACAGAAAAGAGACAAUAUUAGCGCGGUGAGAUGCAUUGGCCGUAAGACUCGUAGCUACCACGUCAAAACUUCCGAACAGCUUUUCAUUACUUUUCCGUCUCUCAGCAGAUCCAUAAGUAGAAUAGUACGUGUUUGCGGUGAGUCUACCUUUAAUACGCAUGUACGGUUGUGGACAUCCGGUUUGGUGAUGCUGCUGUAGUAGUCAUGCACACUUGAAGCAGGAGAGAAUAUCUAUAUUAUGGAAUUGGAAUGAACGCGAGCCUGAAUAUAUCCGGAAACCACGCAAAAGUCAUCAGCAAGGAUGUAGAAAAAGUAUAUCUGAACGUGUUCCGGCUUUCAACAACUUUAUGGUCCUGUAUGUGUCUGCCGUGAUUGCAAGGCCAAUAUCCUGGCUUAAUGAUUUCAGUGAGUUGUGUAUGUGUGAUAUACUGGACCUAUACUGUUAAAACCUGUUUUAAAACUAAAAGUUUUAGUAUUUCAAUACCCACAGCUACUGUACAUCCGUAUGUUUAUAUCAUAGUUUUUAAGUCCGUUUCAGAGGAAGACGAAAAGGAAAAGAGUCCUCAAGCUAGAAAAAUGCUAUCAAUGCGCUGUGUAUGUAUCCUUGUCUGUGACAAGUUAAGUUAUAGUGUGUUCUCUUUUAAUAUACAUUCAUGUACAUGUCCUAGAUAUUGAUCGUUACCACGUGAUCAGAGAGGUGAGAGUGCGAAGUGCCAUCACGUGACCCACAGUUUCACCUGAACCCUUCCUUACUUCCGCGUUUGUCAGUGACUAAACUUAGAAACUUUAGUGUGAGUGUGGAUCUGGGACUUCCCGCCUUUACAUCGAAACGGUUCCCCUCAGUCAUGAGUCGGAAAGCUGCAGACAUGUACUCCACUGACGCAGUCCCCACAAGUUUCCCCCACAACCCCCGCUCCUGGACACCAGUGCCACACAAGCAGAUGUUCGUACGGAUUGAGGAGGACCUUGUGGAAGACGAGCGGCGGAGUCUGAAGGGCCUGUUGUACGGCAGGAUCCCGGCGGGUAAGCUGCAGAAGUACAGCGUCGGGGACAUCUUCCGUCACAUGGAGAGGAUGGGGCAGAUCAGCGCCACGAACCUGGAGCCCAUCGCCGUCCUGAUGGAGACCAUACAUCGCAGGGACUGGGCAAUAAAAGUCAGGGCGCUACAGGAGGAGACCAGAGCGACUGCACAAGAAAGAUCCUCUCGUCCCUCCGCUGGUCGACGUCAGUACCGUACCGACGGGCCCGGCAGGAAGAGGACCAGGGAUGUUGCUGCCCGUGCAGGGACUUCCACAACUCAUCAUGAUGCCGAACGCCAGUCCGGUCCGGCUAGAGAUGGGCUGGAUAGCGACGAGGAGAGCAGCGAGAGUAAUGGAGAUGACCCAGGGGAACGAGAGGAACCCCCAGUGAAGAGACGAGCCCCCGCCGACCCCAUCACCGACGCGCAUCUAGCCAAACUAGCCAGGAACAUGCCGCAUGGCUGGAAGACGGUUGGUUUGGAGUGUUUUAAUGCCACCACUGCUGACAUAGACCGGUGGAGGACUAAGUACCCAAACGACAGAGACAUGCAGAUUGUUGAAAUGUUCAAAUCGUGGAAAGACAAGACAGGGAAGCGAGCGACACUCCGGACUUUGUGUGACAAUUUGGAAAAGGCCGGAGUCCAGUAUAACGUAUAUAGCUUUCUGACGGAAGACAACUCCGAGUGACCAACCAUGCAAAGCAAAAUUGGAUAUGUAUAUAUCUGUUUGUAAAAUGUGGCAGCUUGAAUUGUGAGCAAUAGACCAGUGACAGGUGGAGGAGGGUGACAGACGCAGAAAAAAAUCCCAACUUCUGCUGGCCGCCCGACCGAAACCUCUGCUUGAACAAUAUACUAGUACUGCACCGGGAUUGGGGAUGGUGUUGUUACGUCGAAAUAAAAACAUCGAUGAUUGGCCAAACAACGAAUUCAUCAAGCCUUCACUUCCUAUUCAACAUAGCUAAAACUUAUGGACAGAUAUCGACAAUCACCACGUGCUGCUUAAAUGUUUGCAACAGUCUUAUUUGAUAUUGAACCAGUCAGCCUGGGGAUGCAUUUCUUCAGGCAGUCGCUAGAAGACGUUGAUGCCUCUGGAAACAUACUUGUCUAGUAAAUAACAUGUACUAUUACGUGCACAUUGUAGUCGCGAAAUACUCGACAUUAUAAAGCAUCAGGUUGGGGAAUGUAUUAGUAACAUUGCAUGAAAUGCUCUUAGUAUAUGAUUUAUUGUUUAUACAUGUUAUAUUUAAAAGUAAUAUUCUUGUACAAGUGAUGAUAGGUGUUGUACAAGUGCUCAUAUAUUACUUCCAAAUGUUAUUUAGUAGCAAGCCUGGCUUUGCUUUUAUCAAUGAGUUGAUGAAAGCUCCUUGCUUCUAUGAAGAUUUUGUCAAAUCUCUUCAAGUCAUUGUGUUGCCUUCAACUUGACAGAUUACAUAUGGCAUUGAUGUGCAUGUCUAUUGACUUAUUACAGGUUUGAAUAGUACAUCAAAAGUUGAUAUCACAUGUAUAUUUUCAUGUCUGUAUACACUGUGGCUCCCAGAUCAUGUGAAAUAAUGAAGUAGAGAAGUGCAUAGUAUUAGUAUGUAGC